UCACAUGACUCCGCUUUACGUGACUGUCCUGCAUUCCUCCACUGGAUGCUCCCUCUUGGUCGAUACCGAAUACUUUUAUCAGCGGAUUAACACAAACUAAACGCAGACGCACAAAUGGCGUGACAUUUUUUUUGUCGAACGCGUUUUUGUGUGGAUAUAAGUCGCAGCCGUGACAUCACCAUCGUGUUGUGUUUAGUUGGCGGAGAACUGAUGACUGCAAAAUAAACAAGUUAGGACUAUGGCGGAACUUAUUCCGUCUGACUCAAAAGGGUGUCAUUAUUUUUUCCUGUAUGAUGGCUCCAAGGUAAGAGGAGAGGGUGACCCGACUAAAGAGGGCAUCUGCUACUUCUAUCCUGAAGAGACCCCAGUGGAUAAACAGGAGCUGCUGUGCGGACAGCUCGCUGGCGUGAGUCGUUGCAUUUCCGAGCUUUCUUGCUCUCCUGUGCGGCUAGUGAGGCUGCGUCGCAAUAAGUUCGCCAUCCACAUGCAAGAUGACUUUUUUUGGGCUCUCGGCUGCUCCAUGGACAUUCCCACUGUCAGCGUCUGGCAGCUAUUACAUAAGCUCAUAAAUCUCUUUUGUUUCUACAACGGUUCUGUACGCCAGAGCUACCAGCUUCACAGUCAUGAAACCUUGGCUGCUCAGUGGUCCCAGUACCUGUCACACGUGCUAACAGGACCAUCUGACCUUCACCAUGUCUUCAGCUCCUUGACCACAAUCGACUCCACAAACGUGGACCCACUUCUUCUGCUCAAGGCUGCACUUAUUCUUCAGGCCUGCCAGCGCUGCCCUCUAGUGUUAGCGGGCUGUAUUCUUUUCAGAGGAAGAGUGGUGAGCACACAGAUGUCUCCAGAUCUAACAAUGAAGGUCAUGGUUCAUGAGAAUCUAACCUACAAGACGCAGUCCCCCAAAAGCCAGAGUCCAUUCAACUCAUUUGGUGAUGUGGUCACCUCCAGGACUGUCUUCCUCACCAUCUUUGAACUUCAGUACCUGCAGUCUGGUUCUGUUGACGAACAUUUACGGUUGUCCUCGACUUCAAUCAAAGAUCUUCCUCCUCAUAAGAGCUGUGUGUCACAGACCUUAUUGGAUCCAGCUUCUUCAGACACAACGUUCUCCCAGAAAGCAUCCUUGAGUCCUCGCUCGUCCGCAUCGGAUGACUCCACGCACAGCACAGCUGAUCCACAAGGGCCCAGACCUCCUCUUUCAAAUGGAGAAGCCUCCAAUGAAGCUGAGGAGGAAGUUGUAGAGACUUUACAGAGCAGCCGGGUCCAACCAGGAGGUUCAGACCUCAACACAACCACCCGACUCAUUGGAGUCGACGGAGGCGAGGUGGAAAAUAACAUGGCGGACGGGGCACAACCUCACAACCCCCUGAUCCCCAUGACGCUGUACCUGCACCGCGUUGAAGGCCUGGUGCUGGCACUGCUGGUGGAGCCUCACUUCUUAUGUGACAAAGCCGCUAUGGAGGAAGUGUAUCACAGCUGCUUAGCUUCCCUGAAUGGACUGGAGGCCCAUCUCAGAAGCAUCGCACCCGAGGCGCCGGGCGGAACGGCACCCUACAUUUUUGCCCACUUUGACUGUUCUCAGAGCACGCUGACAACCAACCUGUCUGGUCGACCGGGGGGAGGCCCUGAGCGUUCUUUUGUCAAAGCCACAUCACUUCUUCACUCGCAUUUCUGUAACACUGAAACUCUGCAGGAGGCUAUUAUCAGGAACGCCACCACUGCCGUGUACGGGACCCGUAGCGUGGCCCAGGAGACAUACUUCCUGCAGCAUGGUGCAGCAUUGAGGAACUCGGGUAUCCCGAACCACCAGGACAGCGCUUUCUCCUUGCCUGGGAAGGCCCGACACAGACUACUCAAACAUGGUGUCAACCUGCUCUGACAGGACAAGGCAGCCAUACGUUGCAGACAUUGUUUUCAAGCAUAUUAGCUUAGUUACAUUUACAGUACAGUAAAUACCAGGGGUGUCAAAAAAUUAUUUUAUUUCUGAUGUUUUCAUUUUUACUGUUUUUAACAUAAAAAAACAUGACUUUGGACACCCAUCGUUUAUACCUUCUUAUAUUAAAUUAUAUCAAUAUUUAUUUGCAACACCUUUUUCCUUCAUUCAUCACAGCAUAAGCGAUCUGUGCAUUGCUAUGAAUUCUCUAUUGUUUACUCUUUCAUUAGGAAAUUCAAACACUGGAAAUAAACAAGCUUGAGGUGACAAAAUGCAAAACAAAACGAAUCAUAAUUCAAAAUGUUGGUAUGUAAAUAAGAGAUAUGGAGAUCCCGACUUCUUUUUAGAUAUACUACAUUGUUUGUGAUGUUCUUUAAUGUAACUUAUUAAGCACGGCAAGUCAAUCAAAGGAACGUGGGAGCCAUUCUUAUGGAAUUUUCUACAAAGACUAAUCUGACUUGGAUAUGCUAAGAAGAAGAAGAAGAAGAUUUGUGUGGUGACCAAACCUUGGAUUUGUCUUAUUGAUGUCACCUGUUUGCUUUUUUCUAAUUUUUUUGGUAGCUUUUUGUUUCAUAGUAUUUUAGAAGCAGUGGGCCUCAAAUGGCCCCUGAACCGCAGUUUGGAGACACUUUACAGCCUCAGAUUUGUGUUGUAGGUGACAAAGUAUAUUAAUAGUAAUAUAUUAGUUCCUUUCCACUUUUGCUGUUGGGGUUUUAUUGUAUGUUUGACAAUGUGCCCCUGGGCCACAUUUUGGACACCAUUGCAAUCCAGUCCCACCUGCAUUAAUCUAUCCAUCCAUUUUCUAUACCACUUAUCCUCACUAGGGUAUGCUGGAGCCUAUCCCAGCUGUCUUUGGGCGAGUGGCGGAGUACACCCUGGACUGGUGGCCAGCCAAUCACAGGGCACAUCUAGACAAACAACCAUUCACACUCACAUUCAUACCUAUGGACACAUCCUGUAAACAUUAGUCAGGCCUUCCAAAUAAAAGCACAGCAGUAAACAAGAGAGUAGCACCACAGUAGGCAGCCUGGUUUUUACACCACCAUGGAAAAUGUUUGAUGCAUUGGGCAAAAUCCUGGUGGAAAAGACAAGAAUUUGCCCUCUUUUGCUAUUUUCUGAUGCAAAUGGGUCAUAAUGUGAAGACAUGCUGUUUUCUUAAUCCUUUUAAAUUGUUCUCAUUUUUUUUCAAACACUGUAUUUCUUUCUUGUUUCAUCUCAUCAAUGCAUUGAAAACCCAUCUGCUAUGAUAGUACACUGAUUAGGUUACACAGCUUUAAAGAAAUAAAAGUACUUUAUUUGGUUAAGUGUCUUAAGUGUUUUAUUCAGCAGCCAUACAGAUGACACAAUGCAUGUUCAUUAUUGCUUAUUAUUUUUUUUUAUUUAUGCUUUGGUGACAAAUCUUUCAAAAGCUUUAACAACUCACGUCAUAUAUAUACUGUGGAUGAAGAGUAAAUCAAAUUUAAAAUAAAAAAAUAUAUUGGGAAAGCAGGAAGUGAACAAAUGUAACAGUUACUGAUUGUAAAAGUACCAGAUGGAGGGUAGGAUUUAAUAAGCUUUGCUUCUUCCUACUCCUUUUGGACAUGUGAAACUGUGAACUGAUUAUGUGAUGCAUUCAAGUGUAAUCUGAUGCAUGUUCAAAUGAAA